AUGCCAUCGAACAAUAUGGAUUCCACAAAUGCGUCAGGGCUCACUCCCAACGAGACCAAAUCGCUGAAGGAACGCAGCCCCGAACCGUAUGAGGAGAAGAUACUCAAAGGAAUUAAGGAGCUGUACAGCUGCAAACCAUCUGAGGAAACGUACAAGAUUUACACCGAGGAUGCUGUCUUCCAUGACCCCAUCGGCAUUGCGGAAGGUCUCAAGUCGAUUCGUGCUCAAUUCAACGGACUCGUGAAGGUCUUCCCGCGCGCCGACGUCAAACAGUUCCGCGUCCUCCAAAACCCGCCGUCUGUCCCAAAGAGCACCAUCCUCGUGGAUCAAGACGUCGCAUACUACCGUGACCCCAACGGCUCUCCCACGAAGACCAUCAAUUCACUGCUGACGCUGCAGACGAACGAACGGCACCUGGUCACGAAACAUACCGAGGAAUGGGAUCAUAAGCGCGAGACUUCGCGCGAGGACGGCUUCGUCGGCUUGCUGAACGAGCAGCGCAAGAGGAUGACGGCGGGCAUAACGGGCAUGUUCGUUUCCCAGGAGCCGCCGGCGGGUAAGACUUCGAACUAG